CGGGAAGGUCGAAGUGACCGGCUACUUCCCGCCUGGCACGUGGUACGGCCUGCAGGCGGUGCCCGCAGAGGCCCUCGGCAGCCUCCAGCCUCCUGUCCCCGUCGCGCCUGCCAUCCACAGCAGGGGGCAGUGGGUGACGCUGCCGGCACCCCUGGACACCGUCAACCUCCACCUCCGGGCUGGGCACAUCAUCCCCCUGCAGGGCCCUGGCCUCACAACCACGGAGUCCCGGAAGCAGCCCAUGGCGCUGCUCGCAGCCCUGACCGCGAGCGGGGAGGCCCGAGGGGAGCUGUUCUGGGACGACGGGGAGAGCCUGGGGGCCCUGGAGCACGGCGCCUACACGCACGUCGUCUUCCUGGCCAAGAAUAACACCGUCACGAACGAGCUGGUGCAUGUGGCCAGCGAGGGGGCCAGCCUGCAGCUGAGGAAGGUCACCGUCCUGGGGGUGGCCGCUGCCCCCACGCAGGUCCUCUCCGAUGGCGUUCCUGUCUCCAACUUCACCUACAGCCCUGACACCCAGGCAAGGGCCCGGCAGAUGGGCCAGAGGGCUUGUCCCCGGCGAUGGCAGGGGUAGGGGGCGGUACCGAGGACCGUGGGGACCCGGUGCUGUGGCCGGGCCGCACAAGGGCGAAAGGAGUUGGU